AUGCCUGCCAAAACUGCUUGUCAGCAUCAGGCCCAAGAGCAACUAUGGGAAGCCUGUGGUCAUUUCCAAUCACGGAUCCACCAAGCUUCGACCCCUGCCAACUCUGACUCAGAGUACCAGUAUGAGUCGGACUCCACAGCAGAUGCUAACAAUGGUGUGGAUGACUCCCCUGAAGAAGAUGAUGCAUUAUGCAGGUUACAAAAAAGGAGCUGGCAGAAGACCAGGGAGCUGGCAGAAGUGGCAACAAAAUGUGAUAAUUGUGUUUUAAAAGCAUUUACACUUAAACCCGGAAUCAAGAGGAUGCAUUCUGAGAUUUCCCAAGUUCCAGACAUGUCAGUGGGCUGUGGUGAGAGCAGUGAUGCACUUGCAUGCGACUUCGAGAACAGGCUCGAGAGGUUGAUCAGCAGGUUUGAGUCACUGGCAAUAGAGACUUUUAACUCUGAAGGGACAAUAAACAUGAAUGACAAGGAUACAAAUGAGGAUGCACCUGACAAUGAAGACCCACUGCAACACACCUCCACCGCAACUGAUGUCAUUACAUCUAUUGAAAGCAUUAUUUCUGAAGAAGAGCCUGAUGAAGAUAUCCUUGUCAUUGCAAACAAUCUUCUGAAACAAGCAACUGGCAUCAAGACAAGAGUGACCCUAAAGACAAUCAUGAUACUCACAGCUGUUGUUUCAUAUGAAAAACUUCACUGUGCUUGGAGUGAACCAGGGCCACAUCAACACAAGCAACCAAGAAAAGGGGCAAGCCUUGCAAUAUCUGCUCAGAUGGGCAAGGGUCCAGCCUUUGCAUGCAAAAUUCAUGAAAUGGUCCCUUACAUACCGAAGUAUCACAAGCUCCCAGAGUGUGCACAGCUGGAAAAGCUUGGGGCAGGAAGUUUGUUGGAUAAUGAGGCAAUUGUUGCGGGCAUACAUCACUAUCUGGCAACAGUGAACCUUGGCCAAAUCACACCCCACCUCCUUGCUAAGCAUGUUAAUGAGGAUCUUUUACCCAAAUUAUGA